GCGUGGAAUAUUUGAAAGACUGUUCAUCCGAAGGUGAAAUUCAUGGCUGAUAAGUACAACGUUGAGGAAGCAGAGGCUUUGGCCAAGAGAGCUUUGCAUUUACCAAUUGCACAGGCGACUCCGAUCUACGAGCAGCUUUUGUCAAUUUAUCCCACUUCUGCGAGAUAUUGGAAGCAAUAUGUGGAGGCACACAUGGCUGUAAACAAUGAUGAUGCUACCAAACAGAUAUUUAGUCGUUGUUUGUUGACCUGCCUUCAAGUUCCUCUUUGGCAAUGUUACAUUCGGUUCAUCAGAAAGGUCUACGACAAGAAGGGAGCAGAGGGUCAAGAGGAGACCACAAAGGCUUUUGAGUUUAUGCUUAACUAUAUUGGGACAGACAUAGCAUCUGGGCCUAUAUGGACCGAGUACAUUACCUUUCUAAAAUCUCUUCCGGCUCUGAACCUCAACGAAGAUUUGCAUCGGAAGACUGCUCUCCGAAAAGUGUAUCAUAGAGCUAUAUUAACUCCGACCCACCACGUUGAACAACUUUGGAAAGAUUAUGAGAACUUCGAAAAUUCUGUUAAUCGUCAAUUGGCAAAAGGACUUGUAAAUGAGUAUCAACCAAAAUUUAACAGCGCCAGGGCUGUAUAUAGGGAGCGCAAGAAGUACAUUGAAGAAAUUGAUUGGAACAUGCUUGCUGUCCCACCAACAGGAUCUUCCAAGGAAGAAACCCAAUGGGUGGCUUGGAAAAAGUUUUUGUCCUUUGAAAAAGGAAACCCUCAAAGGAUUGACACGGCCUCGUCAACUAAGCGGAUUAUAUAUGCCUAUGAACAGUGUCUGAUGUGUUUAUAUCACUAUCCCGAUGUAUGGUAUGACUAUGCUGAGUGGCACGUAAAAUCUGGUACCACGGAUGCUGCAAUCAAAGUAUUUCAGCGAGCUCUCAAGGCCAUUCCUGAUUCGGAAAUGUUGAAAUAUGCUUAUGCUGAGAUGGAGGAAUCUCGUGGAGCAAUUCAGUCAGCAAAGAAAUUAUAUGAAAGCAUUUUGGGGGUUAGCACAAACUCUUUGGCACAUAUACAAUUCCUUCGUUUUCUCCGGAGGGCUGAGGGUGUUGAAGCUGCUCGCAAGUACUUUUUAGAUGCUAGAAAAUCUCCUAGCUGCACAUAUCAUGUGUAUAUUGCUUUUGCUACCAUGGCCUUUUGUAUUGACAAGGAACCAAAGGUUGCACAUAAUAUCUUUGAGGAGGGGUUGAAACUCUAUAUGAGUGAACCUGUUUACAUCCUUGAGUAAGGGUCACUGCAGCUUUACUAAGAGUUCCAUUUUCUUAUGAUAUACUUGAAACUCUUCUUUGUUGAAGAAAAUAAUUAGACUUUA